UAGCUCGGCUUCGGACGGAGCCACGUCAGACUUGACGCGGGGGGAGGCGCGAGACCGGUCGGGAGGCGGGAAGUGGGAUGAGCGCGGGGCUCCGGGACGCUGAAACAAACCGUCAAAUCCUGCGUUUCGGCAGCAUACUGAAGGCUCGUCGCUGCAGAGAUCAUCUCCGUAUUCUGCAAAGAUGGACAUCGGCGAAGUGGCCAAAAGGCUGGCGGAAGCCGGUCAGUCCCACCUGCUGCAGUUCUGGGAUGAGCUGAGCCCUGAGGAGCAGGCUGACCUCAUCUUGGAUCUGGAGAGCAUGGAUCUUAGGGAAAUUAACAGCUUCUUCAAGAGUGCUAUGCAGGUGUCUAGCCACAGUAGCGAGAAGGUGGACGCCCGCAUGGAGCCGGUACCUAGGGAGGUGCUGGGCAGUGUCACCCGGGAUCGAGAGCACCUGAUGACGUGGGAGAAAGAAGGACUCCUUCAGAUCUCCCAGAACAAAGUGGCUGUGCUCCUCCUGGCUGGUGGUCAGGGUACGCGACUAGGGGUCCCAUAUCCCAAAGGAAUGUACGAUGUGGGCCUGCCCUCCCGCAAAACCCUUUUUCAGAUCCAGGCAGAGCGCAUACUCAGGCUACAGGAGCUUGCUGAGCAGAAACACCAGACAAAGUGUUGUAUACCCUGGUACAUAAUGACCAGCGGCAGAACUAUGGACACCACCAAAGACUUUUUUUCCAAACACAAUUAUUUUGGCUUGAACAAGGAAAACGUCAUAUUCUUCCAGCAAGGCAUGCUGCCUGCCAUGGAUUUCAAAGGGAAGAUCAUCAUGGAAGCCAAAGGGAAAAUUUCAAUGGCACCAGAUGGGAAUGGAGGUUUAUACAAGGCUUUGGGUUCUCAGAAAAUAGUGGACGACAUGGAGUACAGGGGGAUUGCAUUCGUUCACGUCUAUUGCGUGGACAACAUCCUCGUGAAGGUUGCAGACCCAACAUUCAUUGGCUUCUGUGUACAGAAGGGAGCAGACUGUGGAGCCAAGGUCGUGGAGAAGACCAACCCAACAGAGGCAGUGGGAGUAGUCUGCAAGGUGGAUGGACGCUACCAAGUCGUGGAGUACAGCGAGAUCACUCUGGCAACAGCAGAGAAGCGCAGCGCAGAUGGCCGACUUGUAUUCAAUGCUGGAAACGUGGCCAAUCACUUCUUCACCGUACCUUUCCUCAAGGACGUUGUGAAUAUUUAUGAACCCCGCUUGCAGCAUCAUGUGGCACAGAAGAAAAUCCCGUAUGUGGACACACAAGGACAACUCGUCAAGCCAGACAAACCCAAUGGGAUUAAGAUGGAAAAAUUUGUCUUUGACAUCUUUCAGUUUGCCAAGACUUUUGUGGUGUAUGAGGUCCUUAGGGAGGAUGAGUUCUCUCCCUUGAAGAAUGCCGACAGCCAGGACGGAAAGGAUAAUCCCACCACAGCUCGUCACGCCCUCAUGUCGUUGCACCAUCGCUGGGUCCUGAACGCCGGCGGGCACUUCGUCGAUGAGAAUGGCACCAGGAUUCCUGCCAUCCCCAGUACUUCUAGAAAUGGAUCUACAGGCGGUGUCAUACCUCAUGUGGAACAUAACUUGAAGGAUGGAACAGAUCUGCCAAUCAAAUGUGAGAUUUCUCCACUGAUCUCGUACGCAGGAGAGGGACUUGAAAAUUUAAUGCGAGACUUUGAGUUUCGCCCUACCUUGGUUGUUGAUGAAAAAGGUUUUCACGAGCUUGUGAAAAAUGGAGUGUGAACAUUGAGAAAGGCGUGUGCAAAACCAAAUCAAAUGUCUUCCUCCCUUCAUCCUCCAAGUUGUGGAGAAAUGAAUUUGUGCAAUAAAUUGAUGGAUGGAAGCCUCAUAUGGCUACUGGAACAGUAUGAAUUCAACAUAUUUAUUUUUAUAUGAAUGUAUUUCAGGAGAAAUUAACCAAAUCUGUAUUUCUACAGACAAUUUCUCCGUAAACAUGUUGUAGGUACAAUGGCUCACAUUUAGCAAAAAUGUAUUUUAAAAAAUGGUUGUCAAACUUUACUCAGAUAUUGAAUGAUUGUUUUUAAUCUUUAUUUUCAAAUAUUUAAAAAGUCGAAAGUGAGAAAUUGUAGUGUAACAUUUUUCAGUGAAGAUUUUAGUGAUAGGAAUGGGUUUUGCACUAAUUGUGCAGGCGUGGUAUUUCCAGCACAUGAAUAAUUGAAGGAGUAUGAGAUGUGAGACUGCUCAGUUAGCUGCUGUAAGGAAAUGUUCUUGUGGCUCCUUCUGGCCUACUUCUGCCAUAACUUUCUGCACAUGCUUCUUUGUAAUCAGUACCGUUCUCUGUCAAACUUCAUCGUAUGUGGUAUACGUAUUUUUGGACAGCUGGAAUACAUGAGAUUGAUAUGAAAAUGUAGGUUUUAUGAAAUUCAGACUAGCUUGUACCUCUCCAAUAUACAGUUUCUGAUUAGUCGUAUCAUAGUCAUAAAAAUCUUUUGGAUUAUACAGAUUGGAGACAUCUGGAUAAAUUGUGUACUUUGUAUACUGUGAGCUUGCAAAGUUAACAUUCAUUAAAAAUUUUUGAGGAACCCUGUAUGUUUGUCACUCUGUGUAUUAUAAAACUGCUCUAUAGCCAAAGUACCAUUGCCUAAAAUGGUUCUCAAAUGUAUUCGCACCAACAGCAUGCUUGGCUGCAACAAUCC